AGAAAAGUGAUGAUCAGUUGGAAUACGUGGAUUAAAACGGACAAAUAUUCCCUUCACUUCACAAUCAGCCCUAGAAGACGCAACCAAGCCCUCAAACGCCUACCAUGCGUGUUCACUACAUUGUGGUGCUGCUUGGUGCCCUAGCUACAUCAGUAUCUGCUGACGUAUCGAGGACGGAUUCCAAGAUAGCCGCACCACGUUACGCCCGUUCGCUCCCUACUGACCGUACCGUUGUGAGAGGUUUGAGAUCCAACAAGCCUCGUCAUGACAGCGAAGAGAGAGGCAUAUUCGACGGUGCCCUCGCUUACGUCGAUGAUUUCGUCAAGAACUUGCUGAAGGAAAGAACCGGUUGGGACCUCAUCGAUGAUUUGACAGAGAACGUGAACCUAAGCCCAAAGAUCAGCGAGAUGCUGAAGAAAAACACACCAGUGGACGAAGCUUUUAAGGCCCUGGAAGUGGAAAAAGUGGCGGGUAUUGAUAACCUCUUGGAAAGCCAGCAGUGGAAGGAGUGGGCCGUAUUCGUCAUCAAACGCAGCAAGGACACCCCAGACGAAGCACUUUCUUCGGCAAUGUCAAUUCAAUUUGGCCUCGAUAGAGUAUCCUCGAUUCUAGCUAACGCGGGGAAGAACCCCAAAACCAAAGCGAUCGCUGAGAAGCUGGAGGAGGCGCAACUUAAACGUUGGCUCAGUCUUGGAUCAGAUCCGGACAAGAUCUUCGAGGCGCUGAAGCUCAACACGAAGUUUGACAGUUUUUUUGACAGCCCGCAAUUCGCUACUUGGACCAGCUUCCUGAAGGCGUUCAAUGCGAAAAACAGCAACAAGAAAGAAAUCACUGGACUGGAUGUCCUGUUACAGUAUUAUAAAGAGGACAGCUUGACCAAACUGAUCGUCUCUGCUGACAAUGUCAACAGCCCCAGAGCUCAACAAUAUCUGGACGAGUUGUUGUUGAGGUGGCGCGAUCAACCACUUCACCCGCAGCACGUCUUCACCAUGAUGAAGCUUGAUGAGGCUGGAGAUGCCCUGCUCACCAACCCACUGUUGAGCAGGUGGGUAAAAUACAUGGAAGACUUUAAUGAGAAGUAUCCGCUCGCUAAGACCAGCAUGAUCCAGACAUUCACCAAAAACUAUGGAGACGAAAAGGUGGCGACGAUGCUUCAAGCGGCAGCGAAGGCGUCAGAUGCAGACACAGCAAAGAUCGCCAGUACGUUACAGGAAGCUCAGUUCAAGAAUUGGAUGGUCCUUGGGCUGACCCCAGACGAAGUAUACAACACCGUUCUGAAGAUCACGUCUACCAGUAGUCCGAAGGCUGAUAUUUGGCGCGCCUACUACAAUGCUUACGAGAAGGAAUUCCCAGGGAAGCUCUUUUCAUUUAACCCGUAGAAGAGAAGUGCAUGGAUGGUGCUUUGUCAACACGUCACACUUAUUUUCACCACCUUGACUUCAAGUAUUCAUUGGUGUACUGCUGAGCCACGAAAUUGCGCGGCGGUGACUCCUGUCGAUUUACUGAGGGUAUACCAUGCUGAGUUCGUGCCAAGAAUUUCGUGGGCUCCUCGGCUAUUGACUCUUAUAAACAAGAGUGCUGCUAGAGAAGAUCAAAAGAGAUGGAAGGUCAGCUUCGGAUAUUUCGGCUUAAUUUCUCUGGCUGAAAUGCAUAGAAUAUGACUUCAAACUGUAAAAAACUGGAAUGCCUAUUUUAAUCUGCGGCGACAUUGAUAUAAUCCUUCUGGAAACCGCUCUAUCUAGGUUUUAAAAGAGACC